AUGUGGACGCCGCUCAUUGGCGGGGCCGGGGCGCGGGGCGGGCAUGCUGGCGGCCCCGCCCGCGGGGCGGAGGCGAUGGCUGCGGCGCGGCCCCUGCGCAGCGCGGUCCCGCUGCCGCCCGUGCUCCCGCGUGGGGCCCGGCGGCGGCUGCGCCUCACGCCGCGGUGGAGCCGCUUCCGCUGCGCACGGGGACAGCCCCGCAGGUGCGGUGGCCGCUUUCCCGCCGCUGUCCCGGCCUCAGCCCGCGGUGAGGGGGAGCGGGGCGGCCUGAGGGGAGCUGCCCGCCAUUGGGGUCUUGGCGCGGGGGUUGGCGCGGAGCUGCACCGGCGCGUGUCGCGACAGGAGCGCCAGCCGUCCUGUGAGCACUGCCCUCACCCUGUCGUGAUUGCAGCCUCAUCCCGUCCAGGGACUGCAACAUCUGUGUGUCAUCCCAGGAGCCUCCUGAGUGGAUUUCCCCAAUGCUGGUGUGGUGCUGGAGCCGGAGCAGUGAUCCCGUGUCAUGUAACACAAAACUACAAGUGUCAGCAAGAGGACUGCAAGAAUGAAUCCUCUUCCCUGAAAUGCAGCUGGGGAACGAGGGCAGCUCAGGCCACCCCAGGCCUCAGGAGAUUGAUAGUGUUGGCAGCUGAGGAUCUAAUUAUGGAUUAUUUGGGUCGGACUCUUUUAUCCCAGUGUGCUGUAAAUCUGAUGAUGGGCCCUUUAAUUCCUGCUUGUUCUGUCAGGAUGAAGAACGGCGCUAAAUCCAGCAGACCUCGUUUCGGCAAAACUCCCACUGAAGUCAGGCUUUGUGAAAUUCAGGUGGUAAAUGGCUGCUCCCACAAAACAGUGGAUGUGCUGCUUUGGAUGCCUGGAACUAUUUCAUCUCUCAGGUCCAUGUGGAUCUUGCUGUAGCUCCAAGGACAGCUGAAAUCAACAUCACUAAAUCCCCCAAAGCUGCAGAAUAUUACAGUAGUUUUAUAGCUGGGAUGCCUCCUCAUCCAGUUCUGGAUAGGGAUAAGGACAAGUCUUUGGAAACAAAGUGAGCUGCAGCUCAUGUGACUGCUCGGAUUGGUGCUCCAGCUGGGACAAAUUUGGUAAGUGCUCAUGCCCCAAAUUUACCUUUUUUUUUUCUUUUUUUUUUUUUAAUUUGGGCUUUCCCAAUAGAAAUGCAAGUAUUUUGCCAUUUGGAAUAUUUAAUCUUAUUAACCAGCCACGCUAUUAAUAAUAACAAAGUAAAAAACCGAAAAGUUAGCUUUUUGUUGCAAGAUAGGAAGAUAAAACUGUGAAAUUCUAAGAGUUUUGAAUGCUCCUACCAAAUCCUGAACUAAGUGGAAAAGCCAGUGAACAGAAUCCAUUAAAGCUGCAUUUAUUAAAUGUCCACUUGUAUAAAAAGCUAAAAAUAGUGUUUGAGUUUUUCCAAUUUUCCUUUGAUAACAGUUAUU